AUGCACACCUACACAGGCAGACACCCAGAGAUGGACGUGGUGCUGGAGGGCAAUGGCUCCGGGUCGGACUGUGUGGACUGCUGGAACGGCUCGGACUGGGACUACUGGGAGGACUGGGGCCUGAGCCAGUCGCUGUUCAGUGACACCGAGCUGGUCGUCGUGACGACGCUGUGCAUCCCGCUCCUGCUGUUCGGCCUCAUGGGUAACAUGCUGACCAUCCUGGUGGUGUGGAGGUGCCCGCAGAUGAGGAGCACCACGUACCUGUACCUGAGCAGCAUGGCCGUGUCAGACAUCCUCAUUCUCCUGCUCAUGCCCCUAGACUUGUACAAGCUGUGGCGCUACCGGCCGUGGUUGCUAGGCGAAGUCGUGUGCAAGCUGUCGAUGUUCGCCAGCGAGUGCUGCACCUUCUCCUCCAUCCUGCACAUGACCGCCCUCGGGGCGGAGCGCUACCUGGCCGUCUGCUUCCCGCUGAGGGCCCGCCUCCUCGUCACCAGAGGGCGUGUCCGUGUGCUGCUGGCCGGACUGUGGGGCGUGGCCUUUCUGAGCGCCGCCCCCGUGUUGGCCCUGGUGGGCGUGGAGCAGCUGGACGUAGGCGGGGUCGAGGGCGGGAUCGCAGAGUGCCGCUGCACGCAGUACGCGCUGAGUUCGGGACUGCUGGUGGCCAUGCUGUGGCUCUCCAACCUCUACUUCCUGGUGCCGCUCGGCCUGCUUUCGCUGCUCUACGGCCUCAUCGCCCGGAAACUGUUCAUACGGAGACGGACACACCGUGACCGUGGGCAUCGCCAGACGCUGAGGAUGAUGGUGGUGAUAGUGGUGGCCUUCAUUCUAUGCUGGCUGCCCUUCCACGUGGGCCGGACCCUCUUCUCCGUGUCGGCGGACUCCAGCCCCGAUCUUUACACCGUGUCCCAGUACCUCAACCUGGUCUCCUUCGUGCUGUUCUACCUGAGCGCCGCCAUCAACCCGCUGCUGUACAACACCAUGUCUGCCCGCUACCGAGCCUGUGUGCGAGGCCUGCUCAGGCUGGCCAACAGCCCCACCUCGGAGCUCCACCACGGGGCCCACAGAGCCCAGCUCACCCCCCAGCACUCACACUCCAGCUCUCAUAUCUAAAGAAGAGAGAGAGAGACAGAGAGAGAGAGAGAGGACAGAUAUACCAACAGGUCUGCAGACGAGAGAGGCAGAGAGCGACAAAGAAUCGAAAGAGAAACUUUAGACAGAGAAAGACCCAAGAGAAAUUGAAGUGAGUGUCUGCCCUGCCAUUGAAUUCUGAAUGGCUGAGCAUACGAUUGUCAUGCAUGUCAUAGAGACAUAUAGGGACAGAACAUUUGAGCAUUUUGCCGGAUGUUUGCAUGAGUGACAGAAAAUGAAUAUGUGUGUGUGGGUUGGGAAUUGUGUGAUGUGAUUGUCUGUGCGAGGAUGUGUGAAUGAAUAAGUGUGCUUUCGUAAGUAUAUGUUUGUGUGGUGUGUGUGUGUGUGUUUUUGUGUGUGUGUGUGUCUGUGGACGUGUGGAUGUGUAUGUUUGCCCUCUGGGGUUUUCUUACCUCUCCUUCCCCAGACUCCAUAACUCUGCAUCAGUGUCAGCUUGCCCAACUCUGAGCCCAGCAGUAGCAGGGACACUCAAGGUCCCCUGAGCCGCAAUGGACACACAUUCAGUUGCACUCUGAGCCGCGUGAUCAAUUUUACCCAUAGCCUCGAGCCAGCAUGGAGAAAAAGGGUCUGUAGUUUCCUGUCUUUGUUGUUUUUUUGUUAGACGUGCUGAAGCAAAAAAUACAGUUGAAGAUAUGUAUUUCUCUUUGUGUCAUAUUCUAUCUAUUCAAGAGGGAAGAGCUACUCUGGUAUAUGCUCAUGAUUUAUAUGUACCAUAUGUUUUUAUGUGGAGUAGAGUGGAUUUAUUCAGUCACUCCUGGAAAACAAAACUGAUUCUUUCUGUUUCCAUAACAACAAUCACAUUUGAGAGGUACAGAUAUUUUUAAUAUAAGGUUAAUAUAAAAUAAAUCUGGUUAUAAAUAUUGGACUGAUUUGUCAUAUUGUUUUUUAAUCUUUGUGUUGUUUGGCCACCGGCUUAUUUUGAAGUGACUGUAACGUAUGUGUGUCCUUAGCAUGAACCUGUGUGUGUAAGUGUGUGCAUGCAUGUGUGUGCAAAGACAAGGUAAAAAGGGAUUGUUAUUAAACUAUGUGUAUGAACCUAUGUGGUUGGGCUUUCCAGAUGUGAUCCAUAUUUACUUGUGAAAGUAUUUAAGUUUGUAUUUUUGAUGUGUGUGUGCAACGGGAUUAUUUGUAUGGUUCAAGUAUGAAUAGGUGUGAUUUCAAAUGUUUGAGGGUACCAGGAUGUUAGUCUGUCUCCAGGGCUGGGGUGAGGGGAUUGGGGAGUAA